CACUUCCUUUUUAUCACAUUUAAAAUCAAAACAACAAAUUUUCAGACUCAACAAGCUUCGAACCAAAUCUUAUUGAGAAAAUGUCUGGUCGUGGAAAGGGUGGAAAGGGUUUGGGAAAGGGAGGUGCCAAGAGGCACAGGAAGGUUCUUCGUGACAACAUCCAGGGCAUCACGAAACCUGCGAUUCGUAGGUUAGCGAGAAGAGGUGGCGUGAAGAGGAUCAGUGGUUUGAUCUACGAGGAAACCAGAGGAGUUCUGAAGAUAUUCUUGGAGAACGUGAUUCGCGAUGCUGUGACCUACACUGAGCACGCUAGGAGGAAGACGGUUACUGCUAUGGAUGUUGUUUAUGCUCUUAAGAGGCAGGGAAGGACCCUCUAUGGUUUUGGAGGCUAAAAAGUUCUUAGUGUUAUUGAAUUCUAUUGCAGCGAAAAAAUACCUGUUCUUUUGAAUCGGUGUGAUGUUUUGGUUUAGGUUUGUUCUGUAAGAUAUGAAGUUUAUUCUGUUCUGUUCUGCAUAGAAAAUGUACAACUUUAAUUGAAAUUAAACGAAGGAGCAACGUUUUCGUGCUUAUACAUUUU